AUGCGUCCACUCACGUACACGUGCAUUCAAAGCACAUCCUCGCUCCCAACCCCUCUCCCUCUCUCAGUUGCUCGCCCUCCUCUUGUCCUCCCAACCCCACUCGCUCCCCUCCCUCCCCCCCUCUCAAACUCCCUCUCUUCUCUCCUGCUUCUUCAUGCCACCGGUGCCGCCUCACCCAUUGUGUGGCACAGGGGGGUGGGCAAGACGUCCUUGGUGCAUCUCAUUCUCAACGGCCACCCUACAGCACAGCCUCCACGUACAGUCGGCUGCACUGUGGGCGUCAAGGUGAGACGGCUAGCAGUGAAGGGCGUGAAGGUGAGACGGUGGAGAGUGAAGGGUGUCAAGACGGUGGAGAGUGAAGGGUGUCAAGGUGAGACGGCUAGCAGUGAAGGGCGUCAAGGUGAGACGGUGGAGAGUGAAGGGUGUCAAGGUGAGACGGUGGAGAGUGAAGGGUGUCAAGGUGAGACGGUGGAGAGUGUAGGGUGUCAAGGUGAGACGGUGAAGAGUGAAGGGUGUCAAGGUGAGACGGUGGAGAGUGAAGGGUGUCAAGGUGAGACGGUGGAGAGUGAAGGGUGUCAAGGUGAGACGGUGGAGAGUGAAGGGUGUCAAGGUGAGACGGUGGAGAGUGAAGGGUGUCAAGGUGAGACGGUGGAGAGUGAAGGGUGUCAAGGUGAGACGGUGGAGAGUGAAGGGUGUCAAGGUGAGACGGUGGAGAGUGAAGGGUGUCAAGGUGAGACGGUGGAGAGUGAAGGGUGUCAAGGUGAGACGGUGGAGAGUGAAGGGUGUCAAGGUGAGACGGUGGAGAGUGAAGGGUGUCAAGGUGAGACGGUGGAGAGUGAAGGGUGUCAAGGUGAGACGGUGGAGAGUGAAGGGUGUCAAGGUGAGACGGUGGAGAGUGAAGGGUGUCAAGGUGAGACGGUGGAGAGUGAAGGGUGUCAAGGUGAGACGGUGGAGAGUGAAGGGUGUCAAGGUGAGACGGUGGAGAGUGAAGGGUGUCAAGGUGAGACGGUGGAGAGUGAAGGGUGUCAAGGUGAGACGGUGGAGAGUGAAGGGCGUAUAGGGCCAGUGCCAGCGGACUCCACAUCCCACCUGCGCACAGACCCAAGCAGCAGCAGCGUCAGCAGUAGGGUGGCAGCGGUGGGCAGUGGUGGUGGCGGGGGUGGCGAGGAGGGGCGGCGGGGGUUCUUUGUGGAGGUGUGGGACGUGUCAGGCAGCGAGCAGUACAAGUCGUCUCGCUCGCUCUUCUACAAUCAGAUCAACGGUGUCAUCUUUGCGCAUGAUCUCUCGCGCAAGAAGUCGAGAGUCGCAGCGUUGCAGUGGAUGGACGAGCUGGUGCGCAGCGGCACCUUCUCUGCGCCCUCCCACGGGCACCGCGAGGGGCAGCUCCCCGUCCCCCUCCUCGUGAUCGGCAACAAGGACGACCUCCGAGACAAGGACCCCGUGCUGCAACUACAGGGCCGGUCCCGUGUGGCAGCACUCCAGUGGAUGGACGAGCUGGUGCGCAGCGGCACCUUCUCUGCGCCCUCCCACGGGCACCGCCAGGGGCAGCUCCCCGUCCCCCUCCUCGUGAUCGGCAACAAGGACGACCUCCGAGACAAGGACCCCGUGCUGCAACUACAGGGCCGGGUCAAGCUGCUGCGCGCUGCUACUGUGCUCCUCAUGCCCCACCCUCUGCCCCUCCCAUCCCCCUCCUUCCUCCCCUCUUCCCCCCCUCCACUGCCUCCCCUUCCCCCCCGCCCUCCACCCCCUCGCAGGCGUCAUAUUCGCGUCAUAUUCGUGCAUGACCUAUCCCGCAAGAAGUCGAGAGUCGCAGCGUUGCAGUGGAUGGACGAGCUGGUGCGCAGCGGCACCUUCUCUGCGCCCUCCCACGGGCACCGCGAGGGGCAGCUGCCAGUCCCUCUCCUCGUGAUCGGCAACAAGGACGACCUCCGAGACAAGGACCCCGUGCUGCAGGGGAGGGUGAAGCUUCUGCGCGCUGCUAGGAGCAGCAGGACGUUGGAGUAUGCGAUGAAGCAUGCCAAGACCGUUGUGGAGCGGUACGGGCUGAGGUCGUUUGGAAGGCGGAAGCGGGGCGAGCUGCCCGAGUAUAUUCGGAAUCCGAGAGGCGCCGGGCUCAUUGCGUGUGCGAAGCAGGGCCGCCUGGACCUAGCAGCAGUGGAUGCCUUCUUCCUGCAGCUCAUCAAGCGGCGCUAUUUCACAGAGCAGCUCACAGCACUACCCUCGCCUUCCCGCUCCUGGAGCCAACCAUUCCUCUAUGUAGAGGGCAUGGAGGGCAUGGAGGGAGAGUUGAACGCGGAUGCGCUGCUGCUGCCCUCCUCGUCUGCUCGCACAGGGGGGGAGCAGCAGGGGUCGCGCGGGGGAGGAGAAGGGGCUGUGGCAGGGCUGUAUCGCUUCAACAGCCUGCGAGGCUCUGAUACCAGGUGGGUGGGUAGGGCUCUUGAGGUGCUGAGUUCGGGGGUUGUAUUGGGAGGGAAUGGAGUGAAUGGGGGGAAUGGGGGGCAUGGGGGGGGAGUUGAACGCGGAUGCGCUGCUGCUGAGGCGUCCUCGUCUGCCCGCACUGGCGGGGAGCAGCAGGGGUCGCGCGGGGGAGGAGAAGGGGCUGUGGCAGGGCUCUAUCGCUUCAACAGCAUCCGAGGCUCUGAUACCAGAUGGGUGGGGCUCUUGAGGCGUCCUUGUCUGCCCGCACAGGCAGAGAGCAGGGGCCGCGUGGGGGAGCAAGGGCUGUUGCAGGGCUCUAUCGCUUCAACAGCCUCCGAGGCUCUGAUACCAGGCACACCCGACCAUAGAAUCAACCACCAGUCGAGUUUUGAGAUGUCUCAAAACUUCUCCCUUCUCUUUUCCCCCUCGCCUCCCUCCCGCCCCCUUUUGCCCUCCCCUCCUCUCAGCAUUGACAUCGAGUCAUUCGCCACUCCCGAUGCUGCACGAAUGGGAGCAGCAGAUGGGACCCUUGGAACCACAAGCGCAAGAGGGGAUGAGGAGGAUAUGAUAGGUGCUGCUGCCGCGCCUGCUGAGUCUGUUGCUGCAAGGAUGUGGGGCUGGAAGAAGCAGCGGCUGGAGGGGGAGGAGGAGGAGGAGGAGGAGGAGGAGGAGGAGGAGGAGGAGGAGGAGGAGGAGGAGGAGGAGGAGGAGGAGGAGGAGGAGGAGGAGGAGGAGGAGGAGGAGGGGGAGGAACAGCAGGAGGAGCUACAUUAG